AUGGAGGCCCUCAGUGAGGCUCCGCGGGGCCCAAAGUCCGUUUUCAUGGUCACUCUUAACCCAUAUAUCAGCCAGCUAGAUCCGCAUCUACACAGUUUCAGUCGCGUGAGGAAGAAAUCUGCUUUUCUUGUGACUGUCAUACUCGCCGCGGCGGCCAAGGCUUUCAAUCCUGCUCUCAACAAGAAGCUCCGGGAUCAUGCAGAGGAUAUGCUUGCCGACAGUUUUCGUAGAGGCUCGAAGUCGAUCGAGACGGCUCAAGCAAUCAUGAUCAUGACUUACUGGAAAGACCCCGAAGAUACGCGUGCGUGGAUGUACUUGGGAUACAUCAUCAGAAUGGGAAUGGAGUUGGGCUGGCACCGGCUUGCCCCGUACAGCCUCAAAACUUCCGAUAUCGGGACUGAUCACGAAAUUCGGGAAGCGAGAAAUAUUGAGAGAACAUGGCUUGUUUUGUUCGUAUAUGACCGAAGCAUGAGUCUACAAACUGGAAAGCCAUGGAUGAUUGAGAGGAGUGGGUUCAUUGAGUCUGUGGAGGCGUGGUGCAAGGACCCUACGGCUAUCUCAAAUGAUCGUCUCCUCGGUGCUUUAGUUACCCUGCGACUUCUUAGUUCAGAAGUCUUUCGCUUACUGGGUUCGAGAUCAAAUAGGGCUCGUGCAGGCCAGCUCCAUACGCUCGAGUCCCUUCUCGCCAUCAUCAACGGGAGAAUAGAAGAAUGGGAGGGAAGAUGGCUAAAGCUGGCCGAUGAAGACAGCUGUCAUCCUUUCUUGAUCCAAUUCUACGGAACCCAUCUCCGGCUACAGCUCUUCUCCUUACCCCUCCAAGAGACUCUAGGUCAGCCGGAUGAAGGGUCCUCACACCGCAUGGAAGCACUAUGGGUCAGCUUCUCGAGUGCUUUGGAGAUGCUGCAUCUCAUAUGCCGCCAUUCAUCUUGGCUGUAUUUUGCCCAAGAUUCAGUCCAUGUGAUGACAGCGUACAGCGCCGCUUUCUUGAUCAAGCUCCUGAUGUCUGCGCCAGAAUCAGUAACUCGUCAAAUCGAGCCUGCCAUCAAGAGCGCCAUUUCUGGCGCGGCGGUGGUGUUCUCCCAGCAGGCCGCUCCGCCUGAAGAAGCUACUUGGGCGAGUCUCAUCGCGGAAGCUGGAUUCAGUGCUCAAGAUGGGGUUUUCUUUGGAUAA